AAGCAGAAGCUACCGAAGGACUGGCGUAUAGAGCAACACUCAAUACUGUAGCCGUGUGUGAAUAGAUAAUAUUGACAUCACAAAACGGCGUGAGUCAUCGCUUGAACGCCGAGGCGGUAAAGUGACCGAUUGUAGCACGGAUGAAACCUUAAUACUAAUUCAACCAAAUAACAUAACAGUUGAUCAAUAAGAUUGCAAAGUUGGCGCGCAAUUCGGGAGCGUCACCUGACUGAACUCGUCACAAAUCCCACGCCAAGCGUGAAGCGACUGCGAAGCUGCGUCGUGUCUUCUCAGGCAUAGGUAGCUCUCGAGUCUCGACUCUCGAGUCUUGCGCGAGGAGGCGAGCGCUCGACGUUUAUACGCUUGUGCAGCAUAGCCUUGUGGCGGUGCCGAUGCCACUAUUCGUAUAUCUCUGAGAAUAGUCUUCUCCUUAAGGCGGUCGAUUUUCGACGAGUGCUUGGCUCAAGAGGGACAGCACAUCAUUCCAAACUCGUAACUGCGUCUCUGUCCGCUCAAGCUGAAAUCGCGAGUCGAGUGCAGGCUCUGCAACGGAUAACCGCGCCAACGAGCUGCUCUCAUCCCUGGGUCUGAGGAAAGAUCCCACGAGCCGGCUACUUUCACUCUCUCCGACGAGCUUCAAUAUUUAGUACAAUUUAACUUUCUGUCACAAUGGCCGAUUCCAGUGAUUUGGAUCGGCAGAUAGAACAGCUCAAGAAAUGUGAGAUCAUAAAUGAGGCUGAGGUCAAAGCACUGUGUGCUAAAGCUCGUGAGAUUCUUAUUGAAGAGAGCAAUGUACAGCGAGUAGAUUCACCAGUCACUGUCUGUGGAGAUAUACAUGGACAGUUUUAUGAUCUUAAGGAACUCUUCAAAGUUGGUGGUGAUGUUCCAGAAACAAAUUACCUGUUCAUGGGAGACUUUGUAGACAGAGGAUUUUUCAGUGUAGAAACGUUUCUUCUUUUACUAGCACUUAAAGUCCGUUAUCCAGAUAGAAUUACAUUAAUUAGAGGUAACCACGAAUCAAGACAGAUUACUCAAGUUUAUGGUUUUUAUGAUGAAUGUCUUCGCAAAUACGGUAGCAACACAGUGUGGCGUCACUGCACAGAAAUCUUUGAUUACCUUUCUCUGUCUGCAAUCAUUGAUGGAAAAAUCUUCUGUGUGCAUGGUGGUCUUUCCCCCAGUAUACAAACUCUUGAUCAAAUUCGUAUAAUAGAUAGAAAGCAAGAAGUUCCUCACGACGGUCCUAUGUGUGAUCUUUUGUGGUCGGAUCCCGAGGAGACCCAAGGCUGGGGCGUUUCACCACGUGGAGCCGGAUAUCUGUUCGGUAGUGAUGUCGUCGCUCAGUUCAAUUCAGCAAACGACAUUGAUAUGAUAUGUCGAGCACAUCAACUGGUAAUGGAAGGAUACAAAUGGCAUUUCAACGAAACUGUACUUACCGUAUGGUCGGCACCGAACUACUGUUACAGAUGUGGUAACGUGGCAGCUAUAUUAGAACUGAACGAACAUUUGCAAAGGGAUUUCACGAUAUUCGAGGCAGCCCCCCAGGAGAGCAGAGGAACCCCUAGCAAAAAGCCCCAAGCCGAUUAUUUUCUGUGAAGUAUUGAUUUGAACCAAAAUUAUUAUGUCAUUUUUUUAGAUAAAAUUUUUUAAAAGACGCCAUACAAUUUUUAUGGAAAGACGUUUCAUCAAUUGUUUAAAAUACGUAAUUUUAAUGACGACGAGAAAAAGCAAGAAUAUGGAAAUGAAAAACAUUCAACACCAAUAAAUUACUGUAAUCCACCCCGGGCCUAUUCACAUGAUAAUUUAUAAUUUUUUUUUAUAUAAAGAGAUUAAUUAAAAUGUUGAAAAAAC